CCGGACUUUUAUGGUUAAGGGCACUUCCCCCUCCCCGCAAGACGGAUGUCGGAAGAAGAAUAAACAUCUUCGGUGCGUCAUUCCUGUGUUAAUAUUUACCUGCUUUUCAGAGAGAUACAACAAGUCAGCAGACAUUUACUGACACAGGCUCCCAGACACAAUCACCAAAGACCUGCUCAGUUGGGACACAGCUUGCCAUAAAGACUCUCCAAGCGCAUGUCAGAAGUAAAGGACACAGACAAGCCCACACUACACAGAUCAGUGGAGGUCAACAAAGUGUCUUCAUAGAGAGGCUACAGACCAAACAAAAUGUCACCCUUGGUGGAUAAAUGAGGACUGACUCUCCAGAACAUCUCCCUGAGCAGCAGGAGUGGACCUCAACGAUGGAGCAGGCUGAGCCCCAACUUUUCUAUAUUAAAGAGGAAGAGGAGAUGCCCCCACAAAUAAAAGAGGAAGCGCAGGAGCCAAAGCAACCCCACAUUAAAGAGGAGGAGGAACCCCAUACUUGUUGCAUUAAGGAAGAAAAUGAGUCACAGCCCACUCCCUCAUUACAGAGAAAGAUAAGUCAUAACUCCCCCCACAUUAAAGAGGAGUCUCAGCCACCCCACUUUAAAGAAGAAGAGGAGGAACACAGCAUCAGUCAGGAGGGAGAGCAUCUUGAAAGACUGGAGGAGGUUGAUGUCCCCAGGAUGCCAUUAACUGGUGUGAUUGUGAAGAGUGAAGAUGAUGAGGUCAAAGGUGAAAGUGAGGAGAAGAGAGAGGUGGAGCCUCCAGGCAGCAGCUCAACUCAACACAUGACAACAGAAGCUGAUGGAGACCACUGUGGAGGAUCACAAGCAGACAGGCUCUUAGCUCCAUUAUCAGAUAGUGACGACACAACGUCACACUCUCCUGACACUGAGGAUGAAGACUCUAACGCUGAUAAGACAUGUCACACUGACAACACACGCUUUACAUGUUCUCACUGUGACAAAACAUUUAAUCACCAAAGUUAUCUGAAAGCACACAUGAGAAGACACACUGGAGAGAUGCUCUUUUCUUGUUCAAUCUGUGGAAAAGGUUUUACACAAAGACAGUGUUUGAAAAAACACACAAGAAUACACACUGGAGAAAAACCUUUUCGCUGUUCAAUCUGCGGUAAAGGUUUUGUACAAAGUCACGAUUUGAAGAGACACAUGAGAACACACACUGGAGAAAAACCAUAUCCCUGUUCAAGCUGCAAAAAAAUAUUUUCUGACCGAUCAGCACUUGUUAAACACACAAGAACACACACUGGUGAAAAAACUGUUGCAUGUUCAGACUGCAACAAAAGCUUUUGUGGCCGAUCAAACCUUGUAGCUCACAUGAGAAUACACAGUGGUGAGAAACCUUUUUCCUGUUCAGUCUGUGGUAAAGAUUUUACUCAAAGGCAGCAUUUGAUAACACACACGAGAACACACACUGGAGAAAAACCUUUUUCCUGCUCAGAAUGUGGUAGAGAAUUUGGACAAAACAAAGUGCUGAAAGAACACAUGAAAAUACAUACCGGAGAAAAACCUUUUUCUUGUUCAGUCUGCGAUAAAGUUUUUGUACGGAGACAAUAUUUAAAAGUACACAUGAAAAUGCACACUGGAGAAAAAACUUUGUCUUGUUCAAUAUGCGGUAAAAGUUUUAAAGAUGCUGACUGUUUGAAAAUUCACAUGGAAAUGCACACUGGAGAAAAACCUUUUACCUGUACAAUCUGCUGUAAGCAUUUUAUGCGAAGACGAUAUGUAAAAAUUCACAUGAGAACUCACACUGGAGAGAAAGUGUUGAGUUGCAGUGUGUGUGAUGAAAGAUUCUCUUAUAAGUACCAGUGUAAGAAACACAAGUGUGCUGGUGAAAACAGCAGCAGCAAAUGAAACUGCAGGAUUUAAAAAACUGUCAAGACAUUGAUAACUUUGAGUCUGUAACAACAUCAGCACAUAUAACAUGUGACAUCAUUGUUGUGUGGUAACACCAUCCAUGCACCCAUUUUCUACAGCUUGUCCCUUUCAAACUUGUUAAUAUGCUUUUACCAACUAUGGUGUUGGAUAUUUUAAAUUGAUGCUUUUUAAGUCAAGUGCAUGCAUUAAAAUACAACAUUGUGUACUUUGUUUUAAUUGAACAGCAAUUUGACCUAAAAGGUCGAGGUAAACAGUACAAAAUAUAUGUGACAUACAAUAAUCAUGUUUUGUGUGUAUAGAUAUUCAUAAUUCACGUUUAUACUUAUGUACAGUUUUUGAAUAAAAUAUUAUAUAUUUUCAUUUCUUUAUAUGAUAUACAUAUUUGUUUUACAUGUGUUUGAGUACACAUAAAUCUCUCUUAGUCCAUAUAUACUGGUUCACAUCCGAAACAUCUUCUGGACCACUUCUGGAAGCAUAUUAUUUUAUACUUCAUACAUCAUUUUACCAGUUGUAUUUUAUAAAAGAUCAUUUACUUUUAAAAUGUGUGACUUUAUGAAUCAUU